UAUAAGCAAUGGCAAGAUUUCCCCUGUGUUGAGGUGGAUGUCACAGCUAAACGCCGAUACCAUUCUGUCGGGAUUCAGAACGUCCCCUGAUUUGCUGAGACGUCAAGGGUUACACCCAACACUUGACUCGACCACAGGCCUAUCCUUGUGCCAGGAGGUCAAGAUGCAAGUAGACGCUCGAGACCUUCGCCAACAUCAGACAGAUGUAGAUGAUCAUCGUUGGUUGAGCAUCGCCGUUCGGGUACCUAUACAAAUCUUCACCAAUCUUUCGUCGCCGCCUCUAAUACCUAUUCUGCCUACCCACCUACCCCUUCUUUCUCAUCAUGUUUUCUUUGUCAAAUCUACAGCCUCGUUUGCAAUGGCCAUCCCUCUUCUGACCAUACCUUGCUUUCACGCUUUCAACGGGUUAAGCCACGCGUCGUUCUUCUCACACCACACGAAUGCAACAACCCUCAUCCAGCAGAAAAGGCAGGGAACCGUUCUGGUCACCAAAUACUUCACCCUUUUCUCAACAAGCGACCCCUCGAGCAUUCGGACAGCCAACACUGGUUUCGAUUGCCGCGUCGAUUUGAUCCACGACCUCUGGGGUUUCUGUCCGACCUCUGUCAUCUCAGCCACUGACUGCGGCCUGGCAGGCAGCUGUGUUGACAAAAAUGGCUGUUCGAGAGGAUGCGGGUUUACCAACGCUGCUCUGACAACAUUUACUUGCUCUGGUGCCUCGGCGCCAUUUUGCUCUACAGCGCUGCUUACUCUCCCUAACACUACCGACAACUAUUUCGCGUUCACGACAAGAGGUGAAACCACUACCAUUUCGACUACGUCUAUGACUAGACUGCUUCAAGAUACGUCGACGUCGGCUAGCUCCGCUAUUCUUCCUACGCUGGUUGACUCGUCGACUUCCGAUCCGGGGUUUCCGACCUCUUCAAAUGAAAGGACGAGCCAGUCUAACACGAAAAGUGACGGGAACACCCAGCCAAACAACACUGGCGCCAUUGUAGGCGGCGUGAUAGGCUGCAUCGCACUGCUAUGUGCGUCAGGCAUUGCCAUAGUCUGGCUACUGAGACGAAACCGCAACAAAUCUGCUAUUCCAAGUUCCAAGCCGCAUACCAAUUCUACCCCUGAACAUGUCGAUCAGAAAUCAGCGGACCACAAAGUGGCGACAUGGACACAUUACAACAACGCUGGCUGGGGCCCUCAGGAAUUGCCGGCGCAUCACCAUGGCACACAGAACACAGACCCCGUUGAGCUCCUGCGGUGUACCAGCAGCACAGACCAUAAAGCACCAUGA